AGUGUCGUACGUGAAAUCAACAAGAUUAACGAGAAGGAGCUCGAGUUGGACUCGAAGGGUUCAUGGCAUGAUGAGUACAAGGACUCCGCGUAUAUCUUCGUUGGAGGGCUUCCGAGGGAGCUAACAGAAGGCGAUGUCAUCACUAUCUUUUCUCAAUAUGGCGAAAUCAUGGAUGUGAACCUCCCGCGCGAUAAGGAGACGGGAAAGCCGAAGGGGUUCGGCUUCCUAAUGUAUGAGGACCAACGCUCGACUGUUCUCGCAGUAGACAAUCUGAACGGGGCCAAGGUCCUAGACAGGACCCUGCGCGUCGACCACGUCAAGAACUAUAAACAGUCCAAGACCAAGGGAGAGGAUGGCGAGUGGGUGGAGCCAGAGGAUCAGAGCCUAAAUGCGAAGCCGCAAAUGCUGGUUGACGAAGACGAAGCGUUUGCCUCUUCGGCGUCUUCUGGGCCGGAAAUCGACCCCGAGGACCCCAUGCGCGAUUAUCUCAUUGCCAAGCGGAAGGAGGAGAAAGCGGUGAAAAAGGGGAAGAAGUCCAAGUCCAAGAAGAACAAGGACGAGACCCCGGAGGAGAGGCGAGCCCGAAAAGAGCGCAAGAAGCUGCGCAAAGAGAAGGGCAAGUCGGAGGGUGUCAAGGGCGUUGAGGACCUCCUCAACUCCCUAGGCGUUGGCGGCCCCCGUCGGCGGAGCAGAAGUGCGUCCCCGCGCAGAUCUCGGAGCCGCACCCCACCGGCCCACGAGCGGGAACGCGAGCGAUAUGGGCGCAAGGGGCGGGAUGGGCGCGACAUUGACGACCGCCAGGACCGCCAUUCUCCGAGACGCAGGCAUUCUCGCGAACAUUCGUUGCCACCCCGGCGGGCCCGCUCUCCCACCCCGCCUUCCCGUCCCCGUGACACCCGCAAUGGAGACGGUGACAGACAGCGAGACCGAGAUGCGCCUCCCAGGGCGACACGGCGGGGGUACGAUUGA